AUGCAGUGGAAUCACGUGUACGAAAUAUGUGUUUACAUCAUCGUUCCUCUGUUCUUCUUGGGUGUCAUGAAGCCAGCAGCAUCUUCGCUACCGGAUGGUGUCAACUGCGACAACGUCAAGUACUCAUUCGCUCAGAAGGGUUUCGCAACGGACGUGCCUAAAAUAACUGGAGCUUGGGUGACUGGCCUCGUCUAUGUGGGGCGGAUUCCCCUGACAAUGGGGCACCAGGCGGAGACUGAUUGCCUGAGGACGGGAAUAAAGACUUCAUUAUCAUAUGUAUUGGACAACGGGGGCAACCCUUCCUAUUCUACUGUAAUUACAAUAGAAAUUUAA